GUUGCGCGGGCGGCGUGCACCGGGACCGCUGGCGAGUUGCAUAGGGUGUGAUUGCGUUGGAGCCCGUAAUAAAAAGGGCAGAGUCGGCCGUCGUGAUAGCAGGUUUUCUGGGUGUCGAAGUGCUCUUCCUGUUGUUCUCUUAAAGACUAGCUUGAUAAGCACGCUUUCAGGUCGUCUCAGGCGUCUGCCUCCCACUUCAUCUAGUUUGACUGGGACUGGUGUUGCCAGUAAAAUAUCCACAUGGGUCGGAAGAAGAAGAAGCAGCAAAAGCCAUGGUGCUGGUACUGCAACAGAGAAUUUGAUGAUGAAAAAAUCUUGAUUCAGCACCAAAAGGCAAAACAUUUCAAAUGCCAUGUCUGCCACAAGAAACUCUACACUGGACCUGGACUCUCAAUUCACUGCAUGCAGGUGCACAAGGAGACAGUGGACAAGGUGCCAAAUGCCCUGCCCAACCGCAACAACAUCGAGAUCGAGAUCUAUGGCAUGGAGGGAAUUCCCGAGGAUGACGUGCGUGCGCACGAGCAGAACGCCAAGAACCGCGACGCCGACGGCGACGGCGGCUCGUCGUCGGCGGCCGAGCCGGCGCCGGCGCCGGCCCCGGCCAAGUGUCUCGACCUUGGCAACAUAUACCGAUGUCUCUACCGUCUCAUGAUGGGCCCCAUGGGACCGAUGGGACCGAUGGGUCCCAUGGGCCCGAUGGCCGGCAUGCCGAUGGGAGGCCGGCCGAUGGGCAUGCCGCCCGUGGGCCCCUCGCGGCCCCUCUUCCCGGCCGCCCAGGUGUCGGCGCCGGCGCCGGCCUUCAGUACAAGCAACCCACGCUCCACGUUCCCGGCGUACAGCGCCGCCUCCCUGCCGAGCGUGGUGGUGUGGCUUCCACACCCGGCCGCCGGCAUCCAGCCGCUCAUUCGACGUCCGCCGGGCAUGCCGCCGGCGGCAGCAGCGGCGGCGGCGACGACGGCGGCGGCCGGCCCGGCGCCCACGGCCACCGAGAUCAGCCGCAAGCCGGCGCUGGUGCAGCAGACCGGCGGCGCCACCAGCAAGAUCAUCCACCCCGAACAGGACAUCUCACUGGAGGAGCGCCGCUCCCAGCUGCCCCGCUACCGCCAGCCCCAGGCUCGCCCGCCGGCGGCGCCCCACCCGGCCAUGAUGGCCGCCCAAGGACCGCCGAUGCAGAUGGGGAUGAUGCGUCCGGGCGGGCUGCAGCAGCCGCUCAUGAUGGGCCGGCCACCGAUGGCCACAGGUGAGCAGCCCCCACCCGGACCCUGACCCUGACCCUGACCCUGACCCUGAUCCUAACCCUGACCCUGAUCCAUGACCCUGACCCUGAUCCCUGACGAUACCCCCUUCUCCAAGCCCAGACCGCAGCGCAAGGCUCGGCACCAUGUGUCAGUCCUCCCGCCGACCUCGCUCUGACCCCGUCCCGGCGUCGG